AUGGAUCACUCAGCUGACGAGAUAUCUGCAGAAAUCUGGAGAAAAAACAGGGAUAUUAAAAUAAUUCAUGCCCACUGGUUCACAACUCAGUCCCACAACAACCAAGUACUGAAGCUAACUCUGGCUUCACCGGAGCAAGCAGCACAAGUCUGCAACCUUGGCUUUUCUGCAUUUGGCAUCAAGUCUGGCCCUGACCAAAUCACCCUACAGAGGUUUCACAAGCUCAAACAAUGCUUCAAAUACUUCCAGUAUGACCACUAUUCCAGUGCAUGCAACAUUGAAAUCCCCAAGUGCAGCAGGUGUGCAGGGGAACACAACUACAGGGAAUGCACAAGCCCAACACCCAAGUGUGCACUAUGCAAUGGUGCACACAUUGCAAUCUCUCAUUUGUGUCCCCAUAAACAGGAUGCAAUCAAUCAAGCACAAGAAACGGUGACAACAGCCCGUCAACAAGCAGCAAUCACCAUUCCUGCCCCUCCACCAGUAAACGCCUGGGGUAACCCCAACCAAGGGUUGCAGGCCCAGUCGGUCGAUCAGGAAGGCACAAUGGCCUGUCCCCUGUCCACAUGUCCAAGGACUCGCUGGCCUACCUGUCUCCUAACAACACAACAGCCACCGGCCAGGCCCAAGCACAACCCAACAACCCCAACCCAAGUACUCUCCACCCCCAGGCCUCAUCCAACGCUCAAGAGACACCAAACUCCCAGAAUCACCCCGGCCCCUCCACCCCGACAAACUAGCAAACACCCAGGUCCACCCUUCCUACAGUAG